AUGAUGCUUAAGCACCGCAAUAUAGUGCGAUUUGUAGGCUACUGCUACGAAACAAAAAAUGAGUGUUUAGAGUACAAGGGGAAAUAUGUUUUUGCUGAGAUGGUGGAAAAGUUAAUUUGCUUGGAGUAUAUGCCCAACGGAAGCCUUGAUAAGUAUAUAUCGGAUGAAACUUCUGGACUUAAUUGGAGCACACGCUAUAAAAUAAUCGAGGGGAUCUGCUAUGGUUUACACCAUCUUCAUACAGAAAUUGAUAAGCCUAUUAUUCACCUGGACCUAAAACCUUCAAACAUAUUGCUCGAUGAUGGUAUGGUGCCGAAAAUCACAGACUUUGGUCUGUCAAGACUGUUUGGUCAACAAACUAUUUGCACCUCAUCUCGUGAUGGGACAUUGUAA